CCUACACCAGAAACAACAUGUAUUUCACAUCUGUUGUAUGCCUUCUUUUGACCACAGUUCUCUGUGAGUGUGCAGAGAAACCUCACAUUAUAUUUAUAGUUGCUGAUGACCUGGGAUGGAACGAUGUUGGAUUUCGGAACCCUCAAAUGAUCACCCCUAACCUGGACAGAUUUGCUACAGCAGGUGUCAUCCUCAACUCCUCUUACGUCCAGCCUUUGUGCUCGCCCUCCAGAAACUGUUUCAUGUCGGGAUAUUUCCCCUAUCACACAGGACUACAAGAUGGCGUCAUAUUGGUGAACGAAGCAAAACACCUACCGGCCAAUCUAACAACAAUCCCUCAGAAACUGAAACAACUUGGCUAUGAUGCUCACAUGGUUGGGAAGUGGCAUCUUGGUUUCUGUAACUGGAAGUAUACACCCACAGAGAGAGGCUUUGACUCCUAUCUUGGAUAUUACUGUGGUGCCGAACACUAUUUUAACCACACGAGAACGGAAGGCAAAGACGAAGUAGGACUGGAUUUUCGCUAUAACAAGACUGUGUAUAGAGACGCAAAUGGAACGUAUUCUGCUAAUGUGUUUGCAGACAGAGCUAUUGAAAUCAUCGAGAACCACGACAACAGUAAGCCACUUUAUCUGUACCUUCCAUUCCAGUCUGUACAUGCACCUCUUGAAGUUCCAGCGAAAUAUGAAAACAUGUACAUGAACAUAGAAACCAUAAGCAGAAGGAUCUAUUGUGGAAUGGUGAGUGCGUUAGACGAAGCUGUUGGUAAUAUCACUCAGGCAUUAGAAGAAAAAGGUCUUAUGGACAAUCUAUUGUUGGUCUUUACAACUGAUAAUGGUGGGCCUACAUAUACAGCAUCUAAUAACUUGCCUUUACGGGGAGCCAAAAAUACUCUCUGGGAAGGGGGAACGAAAGGAACUGGAUUCAUCUACAGUAAAAACCUUCUCAAGAAGACAGGCUACCUCAACACUGGAAUGAUGCAUGCUGUGGACUGGUACCCGACAUUGGUGGAGUUGGCUGGUGGAGAGAACACAGAUCCCAACAUGGACGGAGUCAGUCAGUACGACAUGCUCAUCAAUGGUGGACCCAGCAAGCGAAAUGAAUUCGUCUACAACAUCUAUGAUGAAAGGGAAGCAGCAGCAAUCAGGUACGGAGAUCUCAAACUCAUGCAAGGAAGUCCAGGAUCUCACAAUGGUUGGGCUCCUUUACCACAUCUGGGAAUUGAUGAAGGUGUCUAUGAAGCUGAUAACCAAACGUUCCCUCCCUUCAUGCUCUACAACAUUACUGCAGAUCCAACCGAACACUUCGACCUCUCAGCCAAGUACCCUGAUCUACUGGACAUGAUGAAGAAGAGGCUGGAGAACUGGAAGAAAUCCCGUGUCCCGGCCCAGGACCCUUCUCCUGUUCCAAAAGCGAACCCGAAAUACUAUGGUGGUGUAUGGAGUCCAGGGUGGUGCUAAUACGUAAUUUGUUUGGAUACAUGGUCAGAUGAAAAUGUUUGUUUUUUUCUGUAAAAGAUAUAUUUAGAUUGUAUGGUAGCCUGCGGCUUCUGUGUUUAUAUGCAAAUACUUUGACGAUCAGAUAAGGUGACUAUGAUGUGAAACCGUCCAUGUAUCACUCAUAACAAAUAAAAGAUACAAGUCUGGA